AUGUUUCUCCGUGCAUUUCGGAAUGUAGCAGCUGAACCUUGCCUACGCACUCGCAGUCUCCAACUUCACAUUCGAUUCUCAAGCAGUAUGGCUUCCAAAGGUCGUAGCUACCAGGAUGCGAUCGUACUACUGGAUACCUUACAAUCCAAUCGAACGAUUGUAUCCUCCAUAUCGAGUACCUCAAAAGAUAUGAACCUGUAUGCUAUACCAGAAAUGCUCGAAUGGACGCGCAAAGCGGGGUACGACACGCAGGAUUUCUCGAGACGUGGACUGAAAUGUAUACACGUAGCUGGAACAAAAGGGAAGGGAAGUGUGUGCGCUAUGGUAGAUAACAUUCUGCGACAGUACCGCAGCGAAGAAAGUGAGAUUGGAGUCGUGCCAGGGAGUACUAAAAGAAAGGCUUUGGGGAAGAUUGGGCUAUACACCUCACCACACCUGAUGUCAGUACGUGAAAGAAUACGAAUAGAUGGCCUUCCCAUAUCCGAACCCCUGUUUGCGCGGUAUUUCUUCGAGCUUUGGGAUCGAUUCUCUGACGCCGCUUCCACAUCUGCUACCCCGCAUCCGAACCCUACGUCCCCUGAGACCAAGCCAGGGUAUUUUCGAUAUCUGACAAUCAUGGCGCUACAUACAUUUAUGGAGGAAGGAGUGGAAACCGCUAUCAUGGAAUGCGGUAUUGGGGGCGAAUACGAUAGCACCAAUAUACUGCCUGCUGAAGCAGUUACUACCACCACGAUCACGAAACUCGGCAUCGAUCACGUCGGAAUGCUAGGAAACACAAUUGAUAAGAUUGCUUGGCACAAAGCUGGCAUCAUGAAAAGAGGUAUCCCAUCAUUCACAGUUCCCCAGCUUCAGGAAGCACAAUCUGUUCUAGAGAGCCGCGCCAAGGAGAAAGGUGUCAAAUUAGAGGUUGUGAAUCGAUGUGCGAGAUUCGACGAUGGAACUAUUUUAUUAGGCGCCGAAGGAGAGUUUCAGAAGGACAAUGCGAGUCUAGCAAUGGCUGUUUCGGCAUCACAUUUGCGAGAUCUAUGUAUUCAAGACGUACCUACUCCUUCUGCAUUACUAUCCCUCCAAGAGCCGAUUCCAGAUAAAUUUCUCGAAGGAUUGAAGACAAUCAAAUGGGCCGGUAGGUGUGAAGUUGUAGUCACUGGCAAAAUCACAUGGCUCAUCGAUGGUGCCCACACAGUCGACAGUAUCAAGGAGACUGGCCUUUGGUACGCUUCAAAACUUAUCCAAGCUAGCGCGGAGGGAACUCUCCCAUCAAAAACUAUGUUGAUAUUUAAUCAACAAGAACGCGAUCCAGACCCUCUUAUGCGAACAUUACUUGCGAGUAUUACCAUUUAUUUCAAAGCGUUUACAUUUGCUGCCUUUUGUACCAAUACCCCCUUUAAGAGCGAAGCAAGUGAAAAAGAGAUCAAUGAUCUCACCCAACAGAAAUUGGCGUCCAAACUUUAUUCGAGUUUGGAUCGUAAUCCAAUGUGUGUGGAAUACGCAAGUAUUGAAGAAGCUGUAGAGCUUGCGCAUAGAGCAUCUGAAGAUGAAGAAAGAUUUUUCGUCCUGGUCACUGGAAGUUUGCAUCUCGUCGGUGGUCUUAUGAAGGUUCUUGAACAACAAAGUAAGAAAGAGCGAAAAAUCUAG